AUGGCCAGCUCGCUAGACGACCUGGAGGAGCUCGCGCUCUGCUCUUGCUGCAAGCGUGUCUUCGACGACUCCGAGCGGCCACCCAAGGUUCUCUCGUGUAAGCACUACUUUUGCCUGGCCUGCACCCGCGGCGUGUUGGACGCCGGCCGGGAGGUGCGGUGCGUACACUGUUGGAAGCGGACGGAGUUGCCUGACGGCCGUCCCGAGGCUCUUCCCACGCACGGCGCCGCUUUGGCCUUGGCCCGCCGGCUCAGCCCCGACCCACCCUGCACUGUGCACGCGCUGCCCGCCCUGUGGUGCGCCGCCUGCGGCGUGCGCGCCUGCCGUCUGUGCGACCACGCGCAUCACGCGCACGCUUUGCGCCCGACACGCGAGGCCCGCGCGCUUUUGGCCCGUGAAACUCGCCUCCUCCAAUCAGAUCUGCAGAGACUAGCUGUGCGACAAAGGGACUCCUUGCUCCGCGCUCUCGACGCCGCGACGGCGAUGAAAACACGUCUCGAAGCGGAACUCGCGCUACCUCUGUCCCCAGUGCCAGCCCCCUUCGACAGACUCGCCGACGACGGCUUCUCCUUGGCAACGGCCAUGUCAGAACGUGAACGUCUCCGAGCCCGCCACGCCGACGCCUUGUUGCAGUGCCGCCUCGACGAUUUAAUUAGAAAUGCAAACGUUCCCCUCGAUUUCGAAUUGCUUCGACGCGCCCUGUCAGGCUUGGGUCCCGGCGAGUCGUCUCCUCCCAUUCCCGGAGAAGAAGGGCGCGAUCCCAUCCUCUUCUUGGCGAAUUAUUGCAUGGCUCAAUUGUACACGAGGCACUGCCUGGAGCGACGCGCUCAGCCGUCAGACGUGAUGGACGGCGUGGGCGUGUUGGAAGCGGACGCAGCCCCUGAGGCGGCCUCACCGGCCCCCACCACUGCCGCGCUGGGCUCCCCAAUGCUUCGCAACCCCUCCACGUAUCCUUUGUUUUAUUUCAACUUAGAAAUUAACGGAAACCCGUUCGGACGUGUAGUGAUAGAAGUACGUGAUGAUGUCGCGCCUCGAAUGGCACGCAAUUUUUCCGUUUUGGCGACAGGCGAACUGGGCGUCGGUUAUCGUGGCUGCACCGUAUUCCAGUGUUGGGAAAAUGAAAGCGUUAUCACGGGAGAUUUUGAGCUCAACAACGGCCGCGGCGGACGUUCCGUGUUCGAGGAAAGCUAUUUUAUGCCAGAUGAUACUAAGAUGGUGGCCGUUCGCGGUUCGGUUGGAAUGCGUCGAUCGCAGAAACGUCACGAUAAUUUGGGGUUAGUUGGAUCGCAGUUUCGGAUUAUGCUGCGUGAGAUGCGUGGGUUUACUGCUAUUUUUGCUUUUGUCGUGGAGGGCCUGGAAUUAAUUGAUAGGCUGAGUAGGACCGGUGAUAGUGCUGGUAAACCUCAUAGCUCCAUUCUCAUAACCAGUUGCGGCCAACUUAACUGA